GCGAGGUUUUUACAUUUGAGGAAAAACUCAAUACAGAGGAAGAGCCCUCCAAUCUACUGAGAGAAACAGAAACAGAAGAAAGAUGAGGAGGCUCGGAAGAGGAGGCUUCGGCGGCGGCGGUUCAAUGCAAAACCGUGUCCGCCUCUGUCUCAAAUCCUUCAAGAACCUCCAUUCCUUCACCGUCGAAGAAAUCGUCGACCACCUGAAGACCAACAACAACGAAAUCGGCCGCCAAAAGAAGCCCGUCCUCGCCAGGUUAGUCCGACAAGCCCUAGAUUCCUCUUCCGCGUCCCCAAAACCUAACCCAAAGAAGCAAUCCCGGUCCCCACCGCCGUUGCUCUUCGACGACGGUGAAGACGAUGAUGGAGCUCUGAUCGGUGCUCGGAAGAAGCCGAAGAGGUCCGCCGACGACGAUGGUGAAGAGAGGUUGCGUCUGAUGGAGAAGGCUCGUCUCCAGAGGAUUCAGCGGAGCGAUCAGGAGCGGCCGUCAACGUCGGAGAAAUCCACGUCCGACGAGGAUGAAGAGGAAGAGGAAGACUCUGUUGAUGGAGAUGGAGCCGUUUCAACGUCGGAGGACGCGAUUUACGGAGAGAAAUUGGAGCCGAAAUUCGACCUAAUGAAGUCGAUGCUGCGAGAUUCCUAUAGAGAAGCUCAUAGCGCUGCUGCGAAAUUGGAGGAGAAGGAUAAGGAAAAGAAUUUGGAGCUUGAGCUUCCCAGCCGCGAGAAGGUUCGAUUGGUGAGCGGCAUUGACGGCGGCAGAGCAGGGAAGAAGUUAGCGGUUGAAUCUAAGAGGGAAUCCAAGGGUUCGAGCUCGGUUGCCGAUGUGGAGGUGAAGGGGAAUAGUGAAGGGCCGAGGUUUAGGGAUUUGGGAGGGAUGAGGAAAGUACUGGAGGAGCUUGAGACGGAGGUGCUUUUGCCGCUUUACCAUCCUCAGAUUCUGCGGCAGCUGGGAGUUCGGCCGAUUACAGGGAUUCUCUUGCACGGCCCUCCUGGCUGUGGCAAGACCAAGUUGGCUCACGCCAUUGCUAAUGAGACCGGGGUGCCCUUUUACAGGAUUUCAGCAACUGAGGUCGUAUCUGGGGUGUCAGGUGCGUCUGAAGAAAAUAUACGGGAGCUUUUCUUAAAAGCACAGAGGACCGCCCCUUCGAUUGUGUUUAUUGAUGAGAUUGAUGCUAUUGCUUCAAAAAGAGAGAAUUUACAAAGAGAGAUGGAGAGGCGGAUUGUGACACAAUUAAUGGUGUGUAUGGACGAAUCUCAUAGACUUGUAAAACCAACUGAUGUAAAUUCAGAAUCAAAAUCUCCUGAUAGUACAACUGGUUAUGUUCUUGUUAUUGGAGCCACUAAUAGACCUGAUGCUGUUGAUCCUGCGCUAAGGAGGCCCGGGCGUUUUGAUCGUGAGAUUACUUUAGGUGUGCCGGACGAGACUGCAAGAGCAGAAAUCCUUUCUGUUCGUAUUACUAACAACGGGAUGAGACUUGAAGGUUCUUUUGAUCUGCUGAAAAUAGCCCGGUCCACCCCAGGUUUUGUUGGAGCUGAUUUGGUUGCCUUGGCUAACAAAGCUGGUAACAUUGCCAUGAAGAGGAUUUCAGAUGAUAAAAGGUCUAAGGUAUCUAAAGAUUGUAAAGAUGAGGAACAUUAUAAAGAGUGGUGGAAGGAACCUUGGUCGCCUGAAGAAAUGGAGAAGCUUACCAUCACUAUGGCAGAUUUUGAGGAAGCAGUGAAAUUGAUUCAACCCUCUUCUAAAAGAGAAGGAUUCUCUGACAUUCCCAACAUAAAAUGGGAAGAUGUUGGUGGGCUAGAUCUUUUGAGGCGGGUAUUUGAUCGGUAUAUAGUUAGGUGUAUCAAAUAUCCCGAGGAAUAUGAGGAAUUUGGAGUAAAUUUAGAGACGGGAUUUUUGCUAUAUGGGCCUCCAGGAUGUGGAAAGACAUUGAUAGCAAAAGCUGUUGCCCAUGAAGCAGGGGCUAAUUUCAUUCACAUUAAGGGUCCUGAACUUCUGAAUAAAUAUGUUGGAGAGAGUGAGCUGGCAGUACGGACCUUAUUUAGUCGUGCAAAGACGUGUUCACCAUGCAUACUUUUCUUUGAUGAGGUGGAUGCCUUGACGACAAAUAGGGGAAAAGAAGGGGGAUGGGUCACUGAGCGGCUCUUGAACCAGUUACUCAUAGAAUUAGAUGGUGCAGAACAACGCCGGGGUGUAUAUGUAAUUGGUGCCACAAAUAGACCUGAGGUGAUGGACAAUGCUCUUCUGCGGCCGGGUAGGUUUGGUAAACUUCUGUAUGUACCACUGCCAAGUCCUGAAGAACGUGGUUUAAUUUUAAAAACGCUGGCGAGAAAGAAGCCUGUAGAUGCAAGCGUGGAUUUGAAUCUCAUUGCACAGAUGGAGGCUUGUGAGAAUUUUAGUGGCGCUGACCUGUCUGCACUGGUCAAUGAAGCUGCUAUGGCUGCUCUCGAAGAGAAACUGACAUCAACAAAUAGCAACGUAGAUGGAGUUCCUCGUAUCAUCAAAGCAACGCACUUCGAGCUAGCAGCAACUAAAAUAACUCCAUCUGUGACUAUCGAGCAAAAACGGUACUACCAGAUAUUAUCAGAGAAAUUCAAAGCAGUAUGACUCAAAACAAAAGCCAAUUUUUCAUGUCCCGUGGUGGAGGUUGUGAGAAUGUUCAUUGUCCAUUACACAAAAAAGGUUAAAUUAAGACGCAAAGGGCCAAAGGCCAUUAAUUUUUCCGGACAGUGAAUUGUCAUCUUUUUUGCAUUUUGAUGUUAAUUUUUUUCUUUUCUGUUUAUUUAAUUUAAAAACGGGUCACCUGUACAUCCAACUGGGAGAAAAUUUUUGCAGUAUAGGUACUAGGUAACCCCAAGUGUUUACGAUGGAAGGUUCUAUACAAGGACGCGGUCAUUUGUCGUGCAUUUUCAUUUCCCCGUGUUGAAUGAGGAACAAUUUUGUAGUAUUGAAAAAUGAAAAUCUCAUCUUCUUAUGGGA